GAAACUUCGGCGUCCGUCACUUGAUAAUUGGCACCCUUCCGGUAGACAAGGUAUAAAAGAAGCCAGCAGCCCCACUUCACUCUUGACCGAAUUCUCACCACAGACUCAUCUUACUUACACCAUUACCUCGACCUCACUCAAGUCUGCCAACACAGAUGAAACCUCAAUAACAAUACCAAAAUAAUCCAUAAGACAUACGACACCAAUUAAUUCAACCGUAUCAUCAAAAUCCUCAUCAUAUGUGCGCGCACACGCGGCGGCAGCAACCAUGAGCCAGCCGACCACCAGCCGCAAGAGGUCCGCCUCAGCCAUGUCAAUGAGCGACGGCAACGAGUACAGAUACCAAUCCCAGCUCCCCAGCGACUCCAUCAACCCGCUCAGCCAUACCCCUUCCAUCCUCCGCCAGCUGAAUCUCGCCGGCCUCGCAGAGACGGACGAGCUGCCCUCGACAACGCAGCACAGAUUUCCGCACCGCCACUGGCAAGACCCCGAUGCGCCGCCGGCCCGGCUGGGACGGUCCGCCGCGUCAAAAGCACUCGAGACGAGCGAGGUAGAAGAAGAAGAAGAAGAGAGAAACGACGACGACGAUGACAAUCUAGAAGACGAAGAAGGCAAAAGGCGCCGCCGGAAGAAAAAAGACGGCGGUGGCAUCCCAAAAGCAAAAUACGCCUCUGAAAAAUCUCCCUUCCGUCCCCUCGUCCGUGCAAUCUACAACUUCCUCGACACCGGCGACAUCUCCAACGCCAAACGCGCGUUCGGAAUCCUCGCGCGCUCCACCGUCCACGGGAAACCCGUCGACGUCCGGCGAAACAACUACUGGGCCCUCGGCGCCGAGAUCCUCAUGCGCGAGGGCGGCAGCGCCCGCGCCACGGCGGCAGACGACGAGGCGUACCCGUUCGCCAACGCACCCGUCGUGCGCGAGUACUUUCGGGAUCUGAUCCAGCGGUUUCCGUAUAACUUUAAGCACCGCCGCGCAGUGUGUGCCGUGGACUUUUGGCCUGCGUUGUUGAGUUAUGAGGUGUUUCAGGUGCAUGCGCAGCAUGCGGCCUCGUUGAGGCGGAUGAAUCGCGAGGCGGAGGAUUGGGAAGAUGAGUCGUGGCAGGAGCCUUCUUCGCUGCUUGGCGGCGGCGGCAAUGACAGCAUGAUGGACGGCACGGGUUACCAUGCCCGGCCUGGGCAGGUCUACGGACGGGACAUGCGGCUGCGGCAGGCGAGGGACCAGAUCCGGCUCAAGACGCUCGACCUGCUGCGCGAGGUGGCGGGCCGCAUGAACGACCUUCUCGAGGACCGGCCGUUUUCGCACAGCGCCGAGCUGUGGCGGGUACGCGGGAUGGUGUCGCUGUAUAUCGGCGACCUGCUCAUCCCGGCGUACACGCAUGACGACGACGACGAAGGGGCCCAGCAGAUGGCGGAGGCGAGGGUGCGGCGCGAGGCGGAGAGGAAUAAUGCGCGGAGCAGCUUUCAGAAGAUGGUGGAGCACGGCGGGAAACUUGAUGCUUUGAUUCAGAGGCUGAUGGCGCCCGUUGAGGAGGACGAGGGGCCUGUGUUGCCCGUCUUUUCGUCACUUGCGUUCAGAGAGUAUCGUACAGCUAGCUAGAAGCGCUGGCCGAUAUUAUUCUGAUCCGAAAAAACCAAGAUAGUCGAGAGUAUCAAAGAUUGGUA